UUAACUGAUUUAUUUAUUGGAAGGACAUUAAUUCUCGGUCCAAGACUGAUAUUCAAAUCGUUUGCAAAGCGCGGCUCCAUUGUUCGCCCGGCGCGCAGGCCCCGCCUCCUGCUUUGUGUGCUGCGCGCGGAUUGGCCGGCGCGCGCAGGGGCCGCGUCAGCGCCCGUGAGCCCAUUCAUCUGUGCACUUGGGCGUUGGACCCCGCAUCUUAUUAGCAACCAGGGAGAUUUCUCCAUUUUCCUCUUGUCUACAGUGCGGCUACAAAUCUGGGAUUUUUUAUUACUUAUUUUUUUAAAAAAAAAACUACACUUGGGCUCCUUUUUUUGUGCUCGACUUUUCCACCCUUUCCCCUCCCUCCUGCGCUGCUGCUUUUUGAUCUCUUCGACUAAAAUUUUUUUAUCCGGAGUGUAUUUAAUCGGCUCUGUUCUGUCCUCUUCACCACCCCCACUCCCCCCUCCCUCCGGUGUGUGAGCUGCCGCCGCCGCCGUCGCUGCUGCCGCCGCUGCUGCUGCUCGCCCCGUCGCUACACCAACUCGAGGCUCUUUGUUCCCCUUGGAUCUGUUGAGUUUCUUUGUUGAAGAAGCCAGCAUGGGUGCCCAGUUCUCCAAGACCGCUGCGAAGGGAGAAGCCGCCGCGGAGAGGCCCGGGGAGGCGGCUGUGGCCUCGUCGCCUUCCAAAGCCAAUGGGCAGGAGAACGGCCACGUGAAGGUCAACGGCGACGCGUCCCCCGCGGCCGCCGAGCCGGGCGCCAAGGAGGAGCUGCAGGCCAACGGCAGCGCCCCGGCCGCCGACAAGGAGGAGCCCGCGGCCUCGGGGAGCGGGGCGGCGUCGCCCGCCGCGGCCGAGAAAGAGGAGCCCGCGGCCGCCGCCCCCGACGCCGGGGCCAGCCCCGCGGAGAAGGAGGCCCCCGCCGAGGGAGAGGCCGCGGAGCCCGGCUCGCCCUCGGCCGCGGAGGGGGAAGCGGCGUCGGCCGCCUCCUCGACGUCUUCGCCCAAAGCCGAGGACGGGGCCACGCCCUCGCCCAGCAACGAGACCCCGAAAAAAAAAAAGAAGCGCUUUUCCUUCAAGAAGUCCUUCAAGCUGAGCGGCUUCUCCUUCAAGAAGAACAAGAAGGAGGCGGGCGAGGGCGCUGAGGCCGAGGGCGCGGCCGGGGCCUCCGCCGACGGCGGCAAGGACGAGGCCGCGGGGGGCGCCGCCGCCGCGGGCGCAGAGGCGGGCGCGGCCCCAGGGGAAUCCGCGGGGGCGCCGGGCGAGGAGGCCGCGGCGGGCGAGGAGGGGGCGGCGGGCGGCGACGCGCCGGAGGCCAAGCCCGCGGAGGCCGCCGCGGCGCCCGAGAAGCCGGCCGCCAGCGAGGAGGCCCCGGCCGCGGAGGAGCCCGCCAGGGCCGAGGAGAAGGCGGAGGAGGCCGGGGCCAGCGCGGCGGCCUGCGAGGCGCCCUCCGCCGCGGGCCCCGGCGCGUCCCCGGAGCCGGAGGCGGCCCCCGCGGAGGAGGCGGCCGGCUCGGCCUCGUCGGCCUGCGCGGCGCCCUCCCAGGAGGCCCAGCCCGAGUGCAGUCCGGAGGCCCCCCCGGCGGAGGCGGCAGAGUAAAAGGGCCAGAUUUUCUGAGAUAAUCCAAGAACUUUUCUACCCCUCCCCCCCCCCCUUUGUUUGUUGGAGUGGUGCCAGGUACUGGUUUUGGAGAACUUGUCUACAACCAGGGAUUGAUUUUAAAAGAUGUCUUUUUUUUUUUCCUUUUUUUUUUUUUUUUUUUUAAGCAGCCAAUUUUGGGUUUCUCCCCCUCCCCACAGAUCCCAUCUCAGAUCAUUCUGUGACCACCAUUCCAACAGGUCGAGGAGAGCUUAAAACACCUUCCUCUGCCUUGUUUCUCUUUUGUCUUUAUUUUUUUUGCAUCAGUAUUAAUGUCUUUUGCAUACUUUGCAUCUUUAUUCAAAAAUGUAAACUUUCUUCGUCAAUCUAUGGACAUGCCCAUAUAUGAAGGAGAUGGGUGGGUCAAAAAGGGAUAGAUAUCCGAUGAAGUGAUAGGGCCCGUGGGGAAUCGGAGUGGUGCAGAGCGUUGCCAAGAUACUGUGCCACUGCGAACGAUGGUGUAAAGGCUUAGGCUUUUUCUCUUUUUUUUUUUUUUUCUUU